UUACACCCAUAUGUGACAGUGUAACAUGUGACUAUGACACCAUGUUCAUCAGUCUGCUGAUAGAACCGCCUCCACUCUGCUGGUCCUUGGAGUCCCUCAAGGAAGCAGUCUAGGCCCCCCCGCAUUUUUUAAAAUUAUUUUUAUUUAUUUUUUGAUAGAACUUUAUUUUUUCACCUUUUUGAUUUAACAACACAAGAGACACAACAGUCACAUGUCCAGAGGAGUGAACCCAGCAGCACCAACGGAGGAGACGUGUUCGCCGUCUCUCAAAUAUCUUUUCAAGAUGAAUGCAGCUCGUUAACUCAUACGAGCAGAGAGAGUGAUGACCGAGCCUCCCGAUUGGCUGUGAGUGAGGCUCAUGUCCCUCCUCCUCCUCCUCCUCCUCCUCCUACUCCUCUCUCUCUCUUUCUCUCUCUCAGCCUGAGAGGGAGGGAGGGAGAGUGAAAGUGGAGAGGCAGGCAGGCAGACGUGUUGCAACAGAUGGCUUUACCAGUGGCGGUGGCUCGGCGGCGGCUGCACCGAGGAACUCUGGGACGCCGUUAGAAAGACAGAGAGAGAGAGAAGAGAAGAGAAGAGAAGAGAGAAGGAGGGAGGGGUAAGAAAGUCACAGCGCUGAAACAGAGCGAGAAAAAGGAGACCGAGAGAGACCUCCCCCCCCCCCCCCUUAACUUUCUGUCUUCGUCUCUAGACAGACAGACAGGAAGACAUGUCAGUGUGAGCGCAACUUGUGUGGAUUUGCUCAAAAGAAAGACAAAAAAAAAAAAGCAGCUUUAUGGAAGAGAUGACUUGUGUGAUUUGAGCCUUCAUCCUCCUCCUCCUCCUCCUCCUCCUUCCUUCCUUCCUUCCUUCCUGGGGGUCAGAGAGGAGAAGAACACCUGCCGACAGCAAAGGAGGUCCAGAGGAAGGAGACGCAGCAGCAGCAGCAGCAGCAGCAGCAGGAGGACUGAUCGCAGCAGGAGCCUCCACACACUCUCCAGGUCCCUGCUGAGCUGAACGCUGUCAAACAACCGGUUACACUCCAGCACGUCUGCACAAGAAGUUGAGACUCAGCAGGAGAAGCAGCUGAUUGGUUGACCUGUUUGGGAGGUCAGGGGUCGAAGGCUAUGGCGGGCCGACUCCUCCUCUUCCUGUUCGUCACUAUGACGCUCAGCCACGCCCACUUCCCGCCCGGCCAGCGUCUGAAGUCCCGCCUCCAGAGAGACAGACGCAACAUCCGGCCGAACAUCAUCCUCGUCCUGACCGACGACCAGGACCUGGAGCUGGGUUCGAUGCAGGCGAUGAAUAAGACUCGCCGUAUCAUGGAGGAGGGCGGGACUUCUUUCUCCAACGCCUUCGUGACCACGCCCAUGUGCUGUCCGUCACGUUCGAGCAUGCUCACUGGGAAGUACGUCCACAACCACAACACCUACACCAACAACGAGAACUGUUCCUCGAUGUCAUGGCAACGGCAGCACGAGCCGCGGACCUUCGGGGUGUACCUUAACAACACUGGAUACAGGACAGCCUUCUUUGGGAAGUAUCUGAACGAGUAUAACGGCUCGUACGUCCCCGCCGGGUGGAGAGAGUGGCUCGGUUUGGUGAAGAACAGCCGCUUCUACAACUACACUCUGAGUCGCAACGGAGUCCGAGAGAAACACGGAGCGCAGUACCCACAGGACUACCUGACCGACCUGAUCACAGCCGAGUCCAUCCGGUACUUCCGCUCCUCGAAGCGGGUUUAUCCUCACCGACCGGUGAUGAUGGUUCUGAGCCACGCGGCGCCGCACGGACCCGAAGACUCAGCGCCGCAGUACAGCACCGCCUUCCCCAACGCAUCACAGCACAUUACUCCCAGUUAUAACUACGCUCCCAACCCAGACAAGCACUGGAUCAUGCGUUACACCGGCGCCAUGAAGCCCAUCCACAUGGAGUUCACCAACGUGCUGCAGAGGAAACGGCUGCAGACGCUGCUGUCGGUGGACGACAGCAUGGAAAAGCUGUACGACAUGCUGGUGGAGACGGGCGAGCUGGAAAACACCUACAUCAUCUACACGUCCGACCACGGCUACCACAUCGGACAGUUCGGCCUCGUUAAAGGUAAAUCCAUGCCGUACGAGUUUGACAUCAGAGUUCCCUUCUACAUCAGAGGACCCAACGUGGAGCAAGGCAGCAUUAACCCUCACAUCGUCCUGAACAUCGAUCUGGCUCCAACCAUCCUGGACAUCGCCGGCCUCGACACGCCGCCAGAUAUGGACGGAAAGUCGAUACUGUCUCUACUGGACACUGACAAACCUGCCAACAGGUUUCAGGUGAACAAGAAGUCGAAGGUUUGGAGAGACUCGUUCCUGGUGGAAAGAGGGAAGCUCCUGCACCAGCGCGUCGAGGGGAAGGAGGUGUCGCAGGAGGAGAACUUCCUGCCCAAACACCAACGAGUGAAAGACCUCUGUCAGCGAGCCGAGUACCAGACGCCCUGUCAGCAGACCGGACAGAAGUGGCAGUGUGUCGAGGACGCCACCGGGAAGCUCCGCCUCUUCAAGUGUAAGAACGAAGGGGGCGGGGAUAAGAACCCUCAGAGGGACCUGACUGGUCGGCAGCGUCUGAUCAGCAUCAAGUCUCAGCUGUACCAACGUAACUCUGAAGCCUGUAACUGUGACCUCCGUGACCUCCGACCUCUGAACAUGCGGCCGUUCAACAAGAAACCUUUCUUCUCCAAGAAGAAGUUCAAAGCCCUGAAGAGUUACUCCAGGAACCGAUACAGCCGCUCCGUAUCCAUGACCAACAGUUACCCCGGCAACGACAGCCUGGUGGGCGGAGUCUGGGAUAAUCCGAUAACGGACGAGUCCGAGGACGAGUCCAGCGGGAUGGGAGGAGGAGUUUCCAACGCUCUGGCCCUGCCCAACUCCAUCAAAGUCACACACAGAUGUUCCAUCCUGGCGAACGCCACGGUGAAGUGUGAUACAGGUGUUUAUCAGUCUCUGCAGGCCUGGAAGGACCACAAGCUGCACAUUGACCACGAGAUUGAGACGCUGCAGACGAAGAUCAAGAAUCUGAAAGAGGUUAAAGGUCACCUGAAGAAGGCCCGCCCCCUGGAGUGCGACUGUAAUAAAUACCUGUUUAAGUCCAAACUGAAGAAUAAGCUGAGGUACCGAGGAGGCAGCCUGCACCCCUUCAGGAAGGGCGGGGCCCGGGACAAGAAGGCGUGGCUUUUGAAGGAGCAGAAGAGGAGGAAGAAGAUGAGGAAGAUGAUCAAGAGAAUCCGGAACAACGACACAUGUUCGAUGCCCGGACUCACCUGCUUCACGCACGACAACCAACACUGGCACACCGCGCCUUACUGGACAUUGGGUUCGUUCUGCGCCUGCACCAGCGCCAACAACAACACAUACUGGUGUCUGAGGACGAUCAACGAGAGCCACAACUUCCUGUUCUGUGAGUUUGCAACCGGCUUCCUGGAAUACUUUGACCUCAACACGGACCCCUACCAGCUGAUAAACGCCGUCAGCUCUUUAGAUCGGACGGUUCUCAAUCAGCUCCACGUUCAGCUGAUGGAGCUUCGAGGCUGCCGGGGACACAAGCAGUGUAAUCCUCGCACGCGCUCAGUGGAGCAUGCAGGAGGGCGGGAGCAUGGCAGCUUUGAUGACUACAGGUUGUUUGAGAGGAGGAAGUGGCCGAGAGUCAAGAGACCUUCAUCAUCUCGAACCCUAGGUCCGAUCUGGGAUGGCUGGAAGGGCUAAGCCUCCCGAUUGGCUGGAGCAGGCUUCUGACCCCGCCCCCAGCAGCCUGAAGGAGCUGGACGUGGUCGUCGACACGGCGGCGUCAUCGCUGAGCGACCACGCCCCCGACUCACCGGUCAGCCAAUCAGCCUCUGCCAUCUCUGUGACAUCACCAGGCCCUCCCACCCUCCUGCUGCUCAGGGAGACGCUGGGACGCGACGCUCAACGCACCUCCUCAUCGGCCGCUCCUCCUUCCUCCUCCUCCUCCUCCUCCUCAGAAGCUCUGCUGUUUUCCUCUGAGGAGGGCAGCUCCAACUGGAGGAGCCGGGGAGACGAGGAGGAGGAAGAUGAAGGGGAGGAGGAGGAGGAGGCAGAGAGGUAGACAGGAUGACUGAUUGUUGUGACUUCGGUGAAUAAACUCCACUGGUAUCAUUGGUAGAUUUGUUUGGGAGAAAGGACUGUUUUUUUUUUGCCCUGAGUUCCGCCUGCCAGGCAGAGCUUCCUCCCAGGCCGUUCAAUUAAAAUUCUGUUAACCACAUUAGAGAUCAUCUCCAUCUCAUCAAGUCAGUUUUGUCUGUAAUUUGAGUCGUCAAAUUCUCAUUUUCUUUAAUGGUAACAACACACAACUUCUGCUAGAAGAGUCAACGACUGUAAGAGGCGUGUCAGUACGUAGCCGUGCUGUUUAUCCCACUUUUACUUAAGUAAAAGUACCAAUACAACAAGGUGAAAAUACUCCAUUACAAGUAAAAGUCCUGCAUGAAAAAUCCUCCUCAUGUAACGCUACCAGCAGCUGUUUGUUAGCUGGAGCCACAGUUAGCCGCACAGUGUUCUUAUACUUAAUCAGUGUCAACGCACAGAAUAGACGUCAGAGUCUUUUGAAUCAGCUAGUUUUUACUGAGCAGCAGUUCCUCAAAUGACCACUUGAGGCUCCAAAGGCGGGUCAAUCCCCAUAGACCCCCCCAUGUUAAAAUGCCCAACUUUACAACAGAAAUAAACAUGUUUACAGCCUGGUACAAACAACAGUUUUUGGGUCUCUGUUGGCGGGAGUGGGCUAGCGCUGGGCUAGCUGAGUUCAGCAUGGUUAACGGUGUUAUGGAAUAAACUGUUCCUGAGCCUGCUGGUGAUGCUGAUUGUGUAAAGCACAUUUAAAACAAGUUAAAGAAUCAGCAGUAGGACUAUUUCUACUUGUUUGGGUUUUUAUAAAAUCACAGAUACAGGGACGAGGUUGAGAUGAUGUCGCUGCUCUUGUUUUAAGAAAAUAAGAGUUUUAGGAGUCAGUUACAGACAGCAGGGAGAACUUGAUGAGAUGGAGAUGAUUUUUUCUUGCUCUGCACAGAUCGUUUCUUUCUUUGUUGAGUAAAAACAUUUGUUGAAAGAAACAUUUAGGAAAGCAGCAUCGAUAAAUCAUCUGCUUCUGUAGCGGACGGUAACAUCUGAACAAAGAUAAAAACAACAACUUUCUCCUCUUUUCCCCCUCGUGUCCUCCUCUAAGCCUCAUGUCCUCCUCUUCCUCCUCCUCUUCAGCUCACCUCCCAGCGGCCAUAUUUGUUUUACAUGUUCAUAUUUAGUCUCUCUAACAAAGUCUGUAAAGAAAUUAAAGGACCUGCUCUCCUUCUGUUCUUAACGUUACUAAAACCCCCGACUGAGACGGAAGCAGAGAAACUUCCCCGUCGAACGCUGUGACAUCACCUCUGAUGUAAACGUGAUGUCAUUCCUUUUCUUUCUUUUUUUUUUUAAAAAAAAACAACAAAAAUUUCUUUCACUAACUCGAGUGUUGGUUACCAUGGUGACCGACAGCUUUUUACUGACAGCAGAGCUACAAGUUGUACAAACCCGGUGACUACAGUACCCACGAUGCAACACGGCAAGCACAGAAGAGAACGACAACGAGAACAUUUUUGGAGUAAAAAAUCCAAGAGAACAAACAGUAAAAAAAAAACAAAAAAACAUGUGGGAGCUUAAAGUCUCUUGAUGUCUCGUGAGCCAAUAAAAAGUGAGACCUGAUGAUGAUGUCAUCACGUACAGAACUUGUUACAGCUGUUUUGUUGAUGGGGAAAAAAAAAAAUGUUACCAGAAAACCAGUCGCAAAGUCCUGGUUUUGUGUCAUUGCAUUUAUUUUUUAUUUUGUAACUCGUGUUAACCGCCUGCCGUUACCUUCCGAUCGCUUCACUUCCUGUUCAGUUCAGCUGUUUUUUUUUUUUUUUUUACUUUUUAAGUUGUUAUUUUCUGUCCUCGCCUCACAUAAACCCACCCACCGCUCAGAAAUGUCCAGAUUUCUAAAUUAGAACAUAUAACUUUAAAAAAAAAAAAAAAAAAAAAGUAAAACUGUAGAAAAACACAACUGGAUUCACACAUGAAGAGAAAAGAAGAUUUGUGUCACACGUCUGGUCUUCAGAUGAAUUCAUUUCUAUUUCUGUCAUUUAUAAGCUGAUUAUGAGCAGGACAUUAAAAAAAAGAAACAUUAAGAUCAGACGUGUGUCAGAGUUAAAAUCGCUCCUUAUAUACUUUUACACUGUUUAACAUCAAAUAUUCAUCUAACAUUUACUGAUAACGUGUUGUAAUUUCCCUUUUUUUUUUCUUGCCUUCCGCUCCUCUGAUUUGUGAUUUCCUACAUAUCCCAGAAUGCCGUUCGGCUGCUUUCAGAGAAGGUGCGUGCAGCUUUACGGUCUCUUGACAUCACUGGGUGACGGUAUAUAGAGUGGUAGAAGAAAGAGGAGGAGCGCUUGUUUUUUUUUUUUUUACCUCUUUGUGACCUUUUACGAGCGUGAAAAACAAGCGUUCCUCUCACUUUAAAAGGGAAUUAUUACAACACUCCGCUUCCUUGUUUGAUUCAGACUAAAAGAGAAACGUGCAGAUAAUCUUGAAACAUGACUGUCAGGCUUGUUGGUCUGCAGGUAGAUAAUGUUUCAGUAUAUAAGAUAACGGUUCAACUUCUUUCAUGGCAAUCGCAGAAACCACACCGAUGCAGGAGCAGAUUUUAUUCAUAUUUGUUCCCUGAACUGAACAAACAAACAAAAACAGUCUGAGAAACAUCAGCAUCAAAGGUUUGAUCCAAUAAACAUUAAGUGUGUUUCCAUCCAAACGUAUUUUCAAUUUGCACAUUAAAAUAAACAAAAUAAACAGAGGAAAUCCUGAAAUAUAACAAAAAAGAGUUUCCUGCAAAUAAACCUCCAAAUAAACGAUGACGUAACAUGAAUCAUGUGACUUAAACGUCACUGAAAACAUCCGAUCUGUGUGGAG